GGUCUAUUCACAACACUGUCAGCCCAGAACUACAGGGAAAAUAUAAAUCCUCGACAUCUACGCUUAUUUUUGAUUUUCUAUUGACAUUUGAGCGACAGCCGCUGAAUCUGGACGUCUGGAAGAAUUGAUAAACAUCUUAGGUGGGAAUAAUAUGGCGGCAUGGCCAAGAAGAAGAGAACGCCAUUUCAAGCGACGACGAUACGAUAACAACUGCCAUCAGUAUCCAAGCAUCGAAGCUUUAAAUUCUCAACUACUGGCUUCAGUGAUAGUAGGCUCGUCAACGUCACGAAUGCGUUCCCUUGUGUCACGUGGUGCGAACAUAAACUGCACCAAUCCUUGCGGCUACACUCCGUUACUUUUAGCUUUGUCACGCGACGAUAGUGACCAAUCAGCCGAGAUAGUUUCUACAAUUUGUGAACUAGGUGCUGAUGUCAAUCUGACGAGCGACGUCUUUCAUGGAGACACACCUCUUCACUUCGCAAGUUUAAUAAAAAACAGUGAGUUUACAAGAAUACUCCUCGCAAAACWCGCCAAGGUUCACGCACGAAAUCACGCAGGUCACACUCCCCUUCAUGUUGCCGCUUUACAUGGAAACACAGAGGUUGUAAAGCUUCUAUGUCUCGAUGGAGCUAAUGUAAACGCUGUUGAAAUGUAUUGUGGGUACACGCCUCUUCACUUGGCAGCAAGCCAUUGCCAUGACAACGCUUUAGMUGUUCUAGCGCAGUGCGGGGCGAACGUAUUUCAAUGCGAUUUUCAGGGGGUAACACCGAUUGGCAGGUGCCAGUCAAAGAAAGCAAGAGAAUUGUUAUCUGAAUAUGGCGUUCUACCCAUGGGGCUUGAACAAUUAUGCAUUCAAGUAAUUCGUGACGUUACUGGUAGGUCGUGUGGAUUGUACGGUUACGAUAUUCUUCCCUUACCUAAAACUAUUAAACAAAGAAUUAAAUUUGAUAUCUGGUAGCCUACCCUUUACUUGUCAUGACCUAUAAUCAAUAUUUCGUACUUUUUAAACAGUUUGGCAACUGGUAUACGGUUUCCAAGGAUAAAGUAUGUCGAGAUCGUAUUUUGAUAGUUAUGAGCAUGCUGAGAGUGAAACAAAAAUUUUUUUAUAGAAUAGCGAAAGAUAUUUAACACUUUUACUCUCAAAUAUACCUUCAAAUCCUUUGAAGCGGGAUUCGCAUUCAACAGAAUCCGUCGAGACUUAUAGCUGACUUAUAACUGGAAUUCUAUUGUARAUAUCUUGCAUUGAUUAGUUUUACAUUAAUAUUUGUAUCAUAUUUUACGCAGAUUAGAUGUAAUUAAUUUAUUUGAAUAUUUUAUCAAUUUUUAUUUAUUUAUAUGAUAAUAAACCUAUAAUAUUAGUCUCUGGUAUUGAUGUCUCUGCAGCGUAUAUGUGCUUAA